GUUUUUCCUUACCUCUGCAAACCCAGAUCUGGGUUUUCUUUCUCCAACUUCAUCUUCUUCCUUUCCCUGCUCAUCCUUUUUCUUUCUUUUUCUUAUUCUUUCUCUCUCUCUCUCUUUUCCCUUCUUCUUCCUCUCUCAAACCCAGAUUUGGAUUCUCUCCUGCAACGUUACCGUUAUGAUCGCACCAAGCUCUUGGAGUUCCUGCUAUCCUCAGGUUUAGUCAAAGAAAUUCGUACGUCGUCUGGCCCCACUGCUUUUCUUUCUGACCUCCACGUCGACUCGAUUAGUGCCGAUUACAUCCUCCAACGCUUAAAAUCUGGUAAACACGAUCUCAUUCUGUUUGUUGCCUUCUUUUUGUUCUCAAGAAAACCAAAUGAAAAUCAAUUUAGCUAGACUUAAAGAACGAAGGAGUUUCUGGCUUUGUCAUCAUCGUCACCGAUCUCUACUAUCUCAUGACGGAGGCUCUGUCGAAGAAGAGGAGCUGGAAGAAGAAGAAAAGGACUCUUUUUCUGUUUCAUCUCAAGAUAACAACCCCAAUUCUGCCGGUUUCUCUUUGGAUUCUCUCCUCACUGGUGAACUCUCUAUUCCGGCUGAUGAUGUUGCCAGCCUUGAAUGGGUAUCUCAAUUUGUCGACGAUUCUCCGCCAGAAUUCCCCCCGUUGUGUUCGUCUAGUAAACAGAAGACCGACAGCCAUGCAAAACCCAAACAGAAACCUGUUUUGAUAAAACCACUGUGCUUUCUUUUACGAGCUCCGACCAAAGCAAGAACCAAACGGCCCAGAACCAGCAGCUGGGUCUAGUCAAUGUCGGUCCUCUUGACUAAUUCAUCGUUAAGUUAUGUUAUAAACAUGAGUAUGAGUAAUGAUCCUUUUCUUUUUAAUGUUUGCGUGUAUGGAGUGUUACAGUAUGAGUAAUAAUUUUCCUUUUUCUGGUUGCUGUGAAAUGAUGAAACGAUCUUUUUGAUCGGGUGUGGUGGUGAUCACGUAGAUCGAUGAGGAGGCACUGUUUUUGGCGACGUUUAGAGGGAGAUUGGACGGCUGGGAGUGGGUGUCGAAUGUGAGAAAAAUCCAGACCUGGGUUUGAGAAAGAAGAAGAAAGAAGAAAGAUGAGCAUGGAAAGUAAGGAGGAAGGUUGAUAGAGAUUGAGGAGGCAAAGCUGUUGAAGGAGGAAAGGAGGAAGAAGAUGAAGUUUUUUUUUUUUUUUCCUCGAGAAAACUAAAUGAAAAUCAAUUUAGCUG